CCGUCGCCAUAGCGACUGGCCCUGGCAACCGCGAAGCCUAGCGGGCCGGCGGCGGGCGGUGUGAGCGGAGCUGCGCCGGUCGGGUGGCGGCCCCCGGACCCCGCGUGUCCCCGCGUCGUGGCCGCCGCCAUGGCGGGAGGGGCCCGGGACGUUCGGAAGGCCUUCCUCCUCACCACCACCCAGAACUACUUCGGCCUCCUGCCGGAGCCCUGCGACCAGCCGCGGGCGGACGGCUGCCCAGAGGUCAACAACUUUCUGGACGACGGCAACCAGAUGCUCCUCAGGGUGCAGCGCUCGGACGCCGGCGUCACCUUCUCCAACUCGAUUGAUUUUGCUGACACAAAAGAUAAAGUGCUGGUGUUUUUCAAGCUGCGACCUGAAGUAAUUACUGAUCAGAAUCUACAUAGUAACAUUCUUGUUUCGUCUAUGUUAGAAUCACCUAUAAAUUCUCUCUAUCAAGCCGUGCGGCAAGUAUUUGCACCAAUGUUGUUAAAGGAUCAGGAAUGGAGCAGAGACCUUGAUCCCAAACUUCAGAAUCUUUUGAGUGAACUAGAAGCUGGGUUGGGCGUAGUUCUACGAAGAUCAGACACUAACUUAUCAAAAUUGAAAUUUAAGGAAGAUGACACACGAGGUAUUCUUACACCAAGUGAUGAGUUCCAGUUCUGGGUGGAAGAAGCUCAUCGUGGAAGUAAACAGAUUAGCAGAGAGAGAGCCGGCUAUUUUAAGGAGCUGUUUGAAACCAUCGCAAGAGAGUUCUAUAACUUGGACAGUCUAUCCUUACUGGAAGUGGUUGACUUGGUGGAGACCACCCGGGAUGUUGUAGAUGAUGUAUGGAGACAAACAGAGCAUGAUCACUUUCCUGAGUCACGGAUGUUACAUCUCUUAGAUGUCAUAGGUGGUUCAUUUGGAAGAUUUGUUCAGAAGAAGUUGGGAACUUUGAAUCUGUGGGAAGAUCCUUACUAUCUUGUGAAAGACCACCUCAGAGCCGGUGUGUCCAUUUGUGAACAGUGGGUGAUCGCCUGUAACCACCUCACGGGUCAGGUGUGGCAGCGCUAUGUUCCUCAUCCGUGGAAAAGUGAGAAAUACUUCCCUGAAACACUAGACAGACUGGGCAAGCGCCUGGAAGAGGUCUUGGCUGUUAGAACAAUUCAUGAGAAGCUUCUUUAUUUUUUACCUGCCAGUGAAGAGAAAAUGAUAUGCCUGACUCGAGUAUUUGAACCCUUUACCGGCCUGAAUCCUGUGCAUUAUAAUCCAUAUACUGAGCCUUUAUGGAAAGCUGCAGUGUCUCAGUAUGAAAAAAUUAUUGCACCUGCGGAACAGAAAAUAGCAGGAAAAUUGAAAAUUUAUAUUUCAGAAAUUCAGGACAGCCCACAGCAGCUUCUUCAAGCGUUUCUGAAAUACAAAGAGCUGGUGAAGCGUCCAACUAUAAGUAAAGAAUUGAUGUUAGAAAGAGAAACUUUGCUGGCAAGACUUGUGGACUCAAUAAAAGAUUUUCGAUUAGACUUUGAGAAUCGAUGCCGAGGAGUUCCUGGUGAGGCGUCUGGACCGCUUGCUGGCAAAAACCUGUCGGAAGUUGUUAAUAAUAUAGUUUGGGUUCGCCAGUUGGAACUGAAGGUGGAUGAUACUCUCAAGAUUGCAGAGGCUCUUUUAUCUGACUUGUCAGGAUUUCGAUCUUUCCAUCGAGCUGCCGAAGAUCUGUUAGACCAGUUUAAACUGUAUGAACAAGAACAAUUUGAUGAUUGGUCCAGGGACAUUCAGUCCGGUUUGUCUGAUUCCAGAUCCGGCUUGUGCAUCGAGGCUAAUAGUCGAAUUAUGGAAUUGGAUCCUAGUGAUGGAUCAUUAAAGGUGCAUUAUUCAGAUCGGUUGGUGAUUCUCCUGAGAGAAGUUCGUCAGCUUUCUGCUCUUGGCUUUGUUAUUCCUGCCAAAAUACAGCAAGUUGCAAACAUUGCACAGAAAUUCUGCAAGCAAGCAAUUAUUCUUAAACAAGUGGCACAUUUUUACAAUUCCAUCGAUCAACAAAUGAUUCAAAGUCAGAGACCAAUGAUGUUACAAUCCGCAUUAGCAUUUGAACAGAUAAUUAAGAAUUCAAAAGCAGGAAGUGGGGGAAAGUCACAGAUUACUUGGGAUAAUCCUAAAGAAUUAGAAGCCUACAUCCAAAAGCUCCAAAAUGCUGCCCAACGACUUGCCACUGAAAAUAGAAAACUGAGAAAAUGGCACACUACAUUUUGUGAAAAGGUCGUCUUUCUCAUGAACAUUGAUCUGCUUCGGCAGCAGCAGCGUUGGAAAGAUGGAUUACAAGAACUGAGAACUGGCUUAGCAAGCGUAGAAGCCCAGGGGUUCCAGGCCGGUGACAUGCGUGCGUGGAAGCAGCACUGGAAUCACCAGCUGUACAAAGCCCUCGAACACCAGUAUCAGAUGGGCCUGGAGGCACUUAAUGAGAACCUGCCAGAAAUAAGCAUAGACCUAGUGUACAAACAGGGACGGUUACAAUUCAGGCCUCCUCUUGAAGAAAUCCGGGCUAAAUAUUACAGAGAAAUGAAGAGGUUCAUCGGCAUUCCUAAUCAGUUUAGGGGAGUGGGUGAGGCCGGAGAGGAGUCUAUUUUUUCUGUUAUGAUUGAUAGAAAUGCAAGUGGAUUUUUGACUAUUUUCAGCAAAGCAGAAGAUCUGUUUAGGAGACUAUCAGCUGUUUUACACCAACAUAAGGAAUGGAUCGUAAUUGGACAAGUUGAUAUGGAAGCUCUAGUGGAAAAACAUCUCUCUACGGUCCAAGAUUGGGAGAAAAAUUUCAAAGCACUGAAAAUAAAAGGGAAAGAAGUAGAACGACUUCCGAGUGCAGUCAAGGUAGAUUGUUUAAAUAUUAAUUGUAACCCCGUGAAGACUGUGAUUGAUGAUCUCAUCCAGAAGUUAUUUGAUACGCUUGUUCUUUCUCUGAAGAAGUGCAUCCAGGCUCACUUACAUGAAAUUGAUGCAUUUGUAACCGAGGCUAUGGACGUCUUAAUAGUUAUGCCCCAGUCUGUGGAAGAGAUUGGCGAUGCAAAUUUGCAAUACAGUAGGCUCCAACAGCGGAAACCAGAGAUUUUGCCCUUAUUCCAAGAAGCUGAAGAUAAAAACAGACUUUUACGAACUGUGGCAGGUGGAGGUUUGGAAACAAUUAGCAAUCUGAAGGCUAAGUGGGAUAAAUUUGAGUUGAUGAUGGAAAGUCACCAACUUAUGAUUAAAGAUCAGAUCGAAGUGAUGAAAGGGAACGUUCAGUCGCGUCUUCAGAUCUAUUACCAAGAAUUGGAAAAAUUUAAAGCUCGUUGGGACCAACUAAAGCCUGGUGACGAUAUUAUUGAAACUGGCCCACAAAGUACUCUUGAUAAAAGCGCCAAGUCAAUAAAAGAGAAAAAGAUUGAAUUUGAUGAUCUUGAAGUCAUAAGAAAAAAGCUGGUUGAUGAUUGCCAUCAUUUUGGCCUAGAGGAGCCCAGCUUGUCUUUGGCAGAUAGCAUCUCCAAGGACAUUGAGAGCUGUGCACAAAUUUGGGCCCUUUAUGAAGAGUUUCAGCAGAGGCUUGAGGAAAUGGCCAAUGAAGAUUGGAUUAGUUUUCGGACUAAGACAUAUCUGUUUGAAGAAUUUUUGAUGAAUUGGCAUGACAGAUUAAGAAAAGUUGAAGAACAUUCGGUUAUGACGGUGAAAUUACAAUCAGAAGUUGACAAAUACAAAACCGUAAUUCCUAUCUUGAAAUACGUGAGAGGGGAGUGUCUUUCUCCAGAUCACUGGCUUGACCUUUUUCGUCUGCUUGGCCUUCCUCGGGGGACUAGCCUGGAGAAAUUAAUGUUUGGUGACCUGCUCAGAGUAGCUGAUACAAUUGUUGCCAAAGCUUCAGACCUUAAAGAUUUAAACAGUCGGGCACAAGGUGAAGUUACUAUCAGAGAAGCUUUACGUGAACUUGAUCUUUGGGGAGUUGGAGCGGUAUUUACAUUGAUUGAUUAUGAAGACAGCCAGAGUCGAACUAUCAAGCUGAUUAAAGACUGGAAAGACAUCGUAAAUCAAGUUGGAGAUAAUAGAUGUCUUCUUCAGUCCUUAAAGGAUUCUCCUUAUUAUAAGGGAUUUGAAGAUAAAGUGUCCAUUUGGGAAAGAAAACUUGCAGAGUUAGAUGAAUACCUGCAGAAUUUAAACCAUAUUCAGAGGAAGUGGGUGUAUUUGGAGCCCAUAUUUGGCCGUGGAGCAUUGCCGAAAGAGCAGACACGCUUCAGCAGGGUUGAUGAAGAUUUUCGAUCGAUAAUGAGUGACAUCAAGAAAGACAAUAGAGUCACAACAUUAACGACUCACGCAGGAAUCAGAAAUUCGCUGCUAACCAUACUUGAUCAACUUCAAAGAUGUCAGAAAUCAUUGAAUGAAUUUUUAGAGGAAAAACGCUCAACGUUUCCAAGGUUUUAUUUCAUCGGUGACGAUGACCUGUUGGAGAUCCUGGGCCAGUCUACUAGCCCGUCAGUGAUUCAGUCUCACCUCAGAAAGCUGUUCGCCGGUAUUAACAGCGUGUGCUUUGAUGAAGAAUCAAAACAUAUAACUGCAAUGAAAUCUUUAGAGGGAGAAGUUGUACCUUUUAAAAAUAAAGUUUUAAUUUCAAAUAAUGUAGAGACCUGGUUAAAUGGUUUAGCCAUGGAAAUGAAGCAGACCUUGAAACAGUUGUUGGCGGAAUGUGUCACUGCCGCACGCAGUCCUCCAGGUGUCGUGGACCCGUCCUUGUUCCCCUCACAGAUACUGUGUUUGGCAGAGCAGAUUAAGUUCACUGAAGAUGUGGAAAAUGCUAUCCAAGACCAUAGUCUUCAUCAGAUUGAAACCCAGCUGGUGACUAAGUUAGAGCACUAUACUAGCAUCGAUACGAGUUCGGAGGAUCCAGGGGGCACUGAGUCUGGCAUUCUGGAGCUUAAACUUAAAGCCCUGAUUCUUGAUAUCAUUCAUAACAUUGAUGUGGUAAAGCAUUUAAACCAAGUUCAGGUUCAUACAACUGAAGACUGGGCCUGGAAAAAACAAGUCAGAUUUUAUAUGAAAAGUGAUCAUACUUGUUAUAUUCAAAUGGUGGAUUGUGAACUUCAGUACACUUAUGAGUACCAGGGCAAUGCUCCCAAGCUGGUCUACACGCCGCUGACGGACAAGUGCUACCUGACGCUGACGCAGGCCAUGAAGAUGGGCCUGGGCGGGAACCCGUACGGGCCGGCGGGCACGGGGAAGACCGAGUCGGUGAAGGCCCUGGGCGGACUUCUCGGGAGACAAGUCUUAGUUUUUAAUUGUGAUGAGGGCAUCGAUGUGAAGUCAAUGGGACGGAUUUUUGUUGGUUUGGUGAAGUGUGGGGCCUGGGGUUGUUUUGAUGAGUUCAAUAGACUGGAGGAGUCUGUGCUGUCGGCAGUGUCCAUGCAAAUCCAGACCAUCCAGGAUGCCCUGAAGAACCACAGAACCGUGUGCGAGCUGCUUGGCAAGGAGGUGGAAAUCAAUUCAAAUUCUGGGAUUUUUAUCACCAUGAAUCCUGCUGGAAAAGGUUACGGAGGAAGACAGAAGCUGCCUGAUAAUCUUAAACAGCUUUUCAGGCCGGUUGCCAUGUCCCGCCCAGACAACGAGCUUAUCGCUGAGGUCAUUCUCUAUUCGGAGGGCUUCAAAGAGGCCAAAGUCCUGGGCAGAAAACUGGUAGCUAUCUUCAAUCUAUCCAGGGAACUUUUGACACCUCAGCAGCAUUACGACUGGGGUCUGAGAGCCUUGAAGACGGUUCUUCGAGGAAGCGGAGGCCUUCUUAGACAGCUGCAGACAGCCGGCGGGAAACACAAAGUUGAUGAAAGUCAUAUUGUGGUACAAGCAUUGAGGCUUAAUACAAUGUCAAAGUUUACAUUUGCUGAUUGUGCACGGUUUGAUGCACUGAUUAAAGAUGUAUUUCCUGGGAUCGACUUUAAAGAAGUAGAAUAUGAUGAGCUCAGGUCUGCGUUACAGCAUGUCUUCGAGGAAGCCAAUUAUGAAAUCAUACCAAAUCAGAUCAAGAAGGCUUUAGAAUUGUAUGAGCAGUUACGCCAGAGGAUGGGAGUGGUCAUUGUUGGUCCAAGUGGUGCUGGAAAGUCAACCCUUUGGAGGAUGUUAAGGGCAGCACUUUGUAGAAUUGGCAGAGUGGUGAAACAGUACACCAUGAACCCCAAAGCCAUGCCUAGACAUCAGCUGUUAGGCCACAUUGACAUGGACACACGGGAAUGGUCGGACGGCGUUUUGACAAACAGCGCUCGCCAAGUCGUUCGGGAACCUCAAGAUGUCAGCUCAUGGAUAAUAUGUGACGGCGAUAUUGACCCUGAAUGGAUAGAAUCUCUGAAUUCUGUUCUGGAUGACAAUCGACUCCUCACUAUGCCCAGUGGAGAAAGGAUUCAGUUCGGCCCAAAUGUUAACUUUGUGUUUGAAACUCAUGAUUUAAGUUGUGCCUCGCCAGCCACAAUAUCUAGAAUGGGCAUGAUCUUUCUUAGCGAUGAAGAGACAGACGUUAAUUCUCUGAUAAAAUCUUGGUUGAAGAAUCAGCCUCCUAGUUAUAGGAAUAAUCUUGAGAGCUGGAUUGGAGAUUACUUUGAAAAGGCUUUACAGUGGGUUCUGAAGCAGAAUGACUAUGUGGUUGAAACCAGUUUGGUUGGGACUGUGAUGAAUGGUUUGUCACAUCUUCGUGGAUGCAAAAAUCAUGAGCAGUUUGUUAUUAGUCUCAUACGGGGGCUUGGUGGAAACCUGAACAUGAAAUCCCGCCUGGAGUUCACCAAAGAGGUUUUUACUUGGGCACGAGAGUCUCCUCCAGACCCUCACAAACCAAUGGAUACCUACUAUGACUCAGGUCGGGGGCGACUAGCGUCUUAUGUGCUGAAGAAGCCGGAAAACUUGACCGCCGAUGAUUUCAGCAACAGCCAAACUCUCCCCGUCAUUCAGAUUCCUGACAUGCAGCGAGGCCUGGAUUAUUUCAAACCCUGGUUAAGUUCAGAUACUAAACAGCCAUUUAUUCUUGUAGGACCAGAAGGAUGUGGCAAAGGGAUGCUGCUGAGACAUGCCUUUUCCCAGCUCCGGUCCACUCAGAUCACCACGGUUCACUGUAGCGCGCAGACCACGCCUCGACACCUCCUGCAGAAGCUGAGCCAGACUUGCCUGGUGAUCAGUACCAACACCGGUCGAGUGUACAGACCGAAAGACUGCGAAAGACUUGUUUUGUACUUGAAAGAUCUCAACCUGCCCAAGCUGGAUAAGUGGGGGACCAGUACUUUGGUUGCUUUCCUACAACAGGUAUUGACAUAUCAAGGAUUUUAUGAUGAAAAUUUGGAAUGGGUUGGUUUAGAAAAUAUUCACAUUGUGGCUUCCAUGUCAGCUGGAGGAAGACUGGGAAGACAUAAGCUUACCACCCGAUUUACUUCUAUUGUCCGUCUCUGUGCUGUGGAUUACCCAGAAAGAGAGCAAUUACAGACAAUCUAUGGAGCAUAUUUGGAACCAGUUCUAUAUAAAAAUCUGAAGAAUCAUCCUAUUUGGGGUUCUUCAUCAAAAAUCUAUCUCUUAGCAGGGUCUAUGGUACAAGUGUAUGAACAGGUACGGGCCAGAUUUACAGUUGAUGAUUAUAGUCACUAUUUGUUUACUCCGUGCAUCCUUACCCAGUGGGUUCUUGGCUUAUUCAGAUACGAUUUAGAAGGAGGGUCCUCAAACCAUCCAAUAGAUUAUGUGUUAGAAAUCGUAGCGUAUGAAGCACGGCGCUUAUUUCGUGACAAAAUUGUUGGUGCAAAGGAACUUCAUUUAUUUGACAGCAUUUUAACAUCAGUGUUUCAAGGAGAUUGGGGCUCAGAUAUAUUAGAUAAUAUGGCAGACAGUUUCUAUGUUACGUGGGGAGCCCGACACAGUUCAGGAGCAAGGCCAACCCCUGGGCAGCCCCUGCCUCCACACGGAAAACCGCUUGGGAAACUGAGCUCUGCAGAUCUUAAGGAUGUUAUUAAGAAGGGCCUUAUUCAUUAUGGACGAGAUAACCAGAUGUUAGAUAUUUUACUUUUCCAAGAAGUCCUGGAGUAUGUGUCCAGGACAGACAGAGUGCUGAGCUGCCCCGGGGGCUCCCUGCUGCUGGCGGGACGCAGCGGGGUAGGCCGCCGCACUGUCACGUCCUUAGUGAGCCACAUGCACGGGGCCAUGCUGUUUUCUCCGAAGAUCUCCAGAGGGUAUGAACUGAAGCAGUUCAAAAAUGAUAUCAAACAUGUGCUGCAUCUUGCCGGUGUGGAAGCUCAGCAGGUGGUUUUACUUCUUGAGGACUACCAGUUAGUCCAUCCCACCUUUCUGGAGAUGAUCAACAGCCUCUUGUCUUCAGGUGAAGUUCCUGGACUUUAUACCCUUGAAGAAUUAGAGCCUUUGCUGUUGCCUCUUAAAGAUCAGGCUUCACAGGAUGGUUUUUUUGGACCAGUCUUCAAUUACUUCACAUACAGAAUUCAGCAAAACUUGCAUAUUGUCUUGAUAAUGGAUUGUACGAAUUUAAACUUCAUAAUAAACUGUGAGAGUAACCCAGCCUUGCAUAAAAAAUGCCAGGUGUUGUGGAUGGAGGGCUGGUCAGACAGCAGUAUGAGAAAAAUACCUGAAAUGUUAUUCAGUGAAACAGAUGGUGAAGAAAAAUAUAGUGACAAAAAAAGGAAAGAAGAAAAGAAAAAACACUCAGUUGAUCCCGAUUUUCUAAAAUCAUUUUUAUUAAUCCAUGAAUCUUGUAAAGCAUAUGGUGCUACACCAAGCCGAUACAUGACCUUCUUACGUGUGUAUUCUGCCAUUAGUAGCAGCAAGAAAAAGGAAUUAUUAAAAAGACAAAGUCAUUUGCAGGCUGGUGUGUCUAAACUGAAUGAAGCUAAAGCUCUUGUGGAUGAGCUGAACAGAAAAGCUGGCGAGCAAAGUGUGUUAUUAAAGACGAAGCAAGACGAAGCAGACGCCGCCCUUCAGGAGAUCACUGUGUCGAUGCAGGAUGCUAGUGAGCAAAAGACAGAACUUGAAAGACUGAAGCACAAGAUAGCAGAAGAAGUUGUUAAAAUUGAAGAAAGAAAAAACAAAAUUGAUGAUGAGUUAAAAGAAGUACAGCCUCUAGUCAAUGAAGCUAAACUAGCAGUUGGAAACAUCAAGCCAGAAUCUCUUUCAGAAAUUCGCUCACUGCGCAUGCCACCUGACAUCAUCAGAGACAUUCUUGAGGGUGUUUUAAGGCUGAUGGGGAUCUUUGAUACAUCUUGGGUGAGCAUGAAAAGUUUCCUUGCGAAAAGAGGUGUGAGAGACGACAUAGCAACAUUUGACGCACGAAAUAUUCCAAAGGAGAUAAGACACAGUGUUGAAGAACUUCUUUAUAAAAAUAAAGGAUCUUUUGAUUCAAAGAACGCGAAGCGAGCCAGUACUGCGGCGGCUCCUUUGGCCGCGUGGGUUAAAGCGAACAUCCAGUAUUCCCACGUCUUGGAACGGAUCCAGCCUUUGGAAACUGAACAGGCAGCAUUAGAAUCAAAUUUGAAGAAAACUGAAGACCGAAAAAGGAAGCUAGAGGAACUUCUAAAUUCUGUUGGCCAGAAAGUAUCAGAACUCAAAGAGAAAUUUCAGAGCAGGACUUCAGAAGCCGCCAAGCUGGAAGCUGAAGUGAGCAGAGCGCAGGAAACAAUUAAAGCCGCAGAAGUGCUAAUUAAUCAGCUUGACCGAGAGCACAAAAGAUGGAACGCACAGGUUGCAGAGAUAACAGAGGAAUUAGCUACUCUUCCUAAGAGGGCUCAGCUGGCUGCCGCCUUCAUUACCUAUCUUUCUGCUGCUCCUGAGGGUCUGAGAAAAACCUGCUUGGAAGAAUGGACCAAGUCAGCUUGUCUUGAAAAAUUUGAUCUAAGGAGAUUUCUUUGUACUGAAAGUGAGCAGUUAAUUUGGAAAAGUGAAGGCCUACCAUCAGAUGACCUUUCCAUAGAAAACGCUCUUGUUAUCUUACAGAUCAUUGGUUUGAAAUCAUGGAGUCGAGUAUGCCCAUUCCUUAUAGACCCUUCUUCUCGAGCUACAGAGUGGUUGAAGACACAUUUGAAAGACUCAAGAUUGGAAGUUAUUAACCAGCAGGAUAGUAACUUUAUCACAGCUCUCGAGCUGGCAGUGCGGUUUGGGAAAACCCUUAUUAUACAGGAGAUGGACGGUGUAGAAGCUGUUCUCUAUCCGUUAUUGAGACGAGAUCUGGUCGCUCAAGGGCCACGUUACGUGAUACAAAUAGGUGACAAAAUUAUCGACUACAAUGAAGAAUUCCGCCUUUUCUUGUCAACAAGAAACCCCAACCCCUUCAUCCCGCCGGACGCAGCCGCCAUCGUUACGGAGGUUAACUUCACCACCACGAGAAGUGGAUUGCGAGGCCAGUGUGUGACGAUUCUCCUUUCUCCCCAUCUGGCCAACAUCUGUCUUAUUAACUGUAGCCAUCCUAGUGGACCUGAAAUGCUUUUGGCUUUAACUAUUCAGCAUGAGAAACCUGACCUAGAGGAACAGAAAACAAAACUGUUACAACAGGAAGAAGAUAAGAAAAUACAGUUAGCCAAGCUUGAGGAAUCUCUUUUAGAGACUCUUGCCACAUCUCAAGGGAAUAUUUUGGAAAAUAAAGAUUUGAUUGAAUCUCUGAAUCAGACGAAAGCAAGCAGUGCACUUACUCAAGAGUCACUUAAAGAAUCUUACAGACUCCAGAUUUCUCUUGACCAAGAGCGGGAUGCGUACCUUCCCCUCGCUGAGAGCGCCAGCAAGAUGUUCUUCAUCAUCUCCGACUUGGCCAAAAUUAACAACAUGUACCGUUUCAGUUUGGCUGCAUUUCUCCGACUAUUCCAGCGGGCUCUGCACAACAAACAGUUUUCAAAUUGUAAUCUACAGGAUUCCGAAAGUACAGAACGGAGAAUCCAGUCUCUUAUCAGCUCAUUAAAACAUAUGGUCUAUGAAUAUAUAUGCCGUUGUCUGUUUAAGGCUGACCAGUUGAUGUUCGCGCUGCACUUCGUUCGGGGCAUGCAUCCGGAACUUUUUCAAGAAAAUGAAUGGGAUACGUUUACAGGUGUGGUUGUUGGAGACAUGUUGCGGAAAGCUGACUCUCAGCAGCGAAUCCGCGAGCAGCUCCCGUCGUGGAUAGACCAGGAGAGGAGCUGGGCCGUAGCAACACUAAAGAUUACUCUCCCUAGUCUUUAUCAGACCCUCUGCCUUGACGAUGAAGCGCUGUGGCGUACUUACUAUCACACUUCAAUGUGUGAGCAAGAGUUUCCAUCUAUUCUUGCAAAGAAAGUUUCCUUAUUUCAGCAGGUUCUCGUGGUGCAGGCGCUCAGACCAGACAGACUGCAAAGUGCCAUGGGCAUGUUUGCCUGCAAAGCUCUGGGACUGAAAGAGCUGUCCCCGCUCCCUCUAAAUCUCAAACGCCUCUACAAAGAGACACUGGAGAUUGAGCCCGUCUUGAUAAUCAUCUCCCCGGGUGCAGAUCCUUCCCAGGAGCUGCAGGAGCUGGCUAAUGCUGAGCGCGGAGGAGAGUGCUACCACCAGGUUGCUAUGGGUCAGGGUCAAGCCGAUUUAGCGAUUCAGAUGCUGAAGGAAUGUGCCCGCAGUGGGGACUGGCUGUGUUUGAAGAACUUACAUCUUGUGGUGUCUUGGCUGCCAGUUCUGGAAAAGGAAUUAAAUACUCUUCAACCUAAAGAUACCUUUCGUCUGUGGCUGACUGCAGAAGUUCAUCCCCACUUUACUCCUAUUUUAUUACAGUCAAGUUUAAAGAUCACAUACGAGUCACCUCCAGGUUUGAAGAAGAAUUUAAUGCGCACUUACGAAUCUUGGACUGCUGAGCAAAUCAGCAAAAAAGACAGCAUCCAUCGAGCUCACGCUCUCUUUAGUUUUGCGUGGUUUCAUGCUGCAUGUCAGGAAAGACGAAAUUACAUUCCACAGGGUUGGACCAAGUUUUAUGAGUUUUCUUUAUCAGAUCUUCGGGCUGGAUACAGCAUUAUUGACAGGCUCUUUGAUGGUACCAAAGAUGUUCAGUGGGAAUUUUUACACGGUUUACUUGAAAAUGCUAUUUAUGGCGGACGCAUAGAUAACUAUUUUGACCUUAGAGUUCUUCAGUCAUACCUGAAACAGUUUUUUAAUUCUUCAAUAAUUGAUGUUUCAAACCAAAGGAACAAGAAAAGUGUUUUUCCAUAUUCCAUAUCUCUCCCCAAAUCCUGCAGCAUUCUGGACUACCGUGCUCUCAUCGAAAAGCUUCCGGAGGACGACAAGCCUAGUUUCUUCGGUCUUCCUGCCAACAUUGCUCGCUCGGCCCAGCGCAUGAUCAGUUCUCAGGUUAUUUCACAGUUGAGGAUCUUGGGCAGAUCAGUAACAGCUGGUUGCAAAUUUGAUAGAGAAAUCUGGUCUAACGAACUGUCCCCUGUCCUCAAUCUCUGGAAGAAACUAAACCAGAACUCCAACCUGAUUCAUCAGAAGGUGUGUCCUCCUAACGAUCGACAAGGGUCUCCAGUACUGUCCUUCAUCGUCCUGGAACAGUUCAAUGCAAUUCGCUUAGUGCAGACCGUCCACCAGUCUCUUGCCGCUCUCAGCAAAGUCAUCAGAGGGACCACCUUACUGAGUUCAGAAGUACAGAAACUGGCCAGCGCUUUACUAAACCAAAAGUGUCCUGUGGCAUGGCAGAGCAGGUGGGAAGGCCCAGAAGACCCCUUACAGUACCUGAGAGGCCUCGUGGCUCAUGCCCUUGCGAUACAGAGCUGGGUAGAGAGAGCCGAGAAACAGGCUCUUCUCUCUGAUACACUUGACCUGUCAGAACUGUUCCACCCAGACACGUUUCUCAACGCUCUUCGCCAGGAAACUGCACGGGCGAUGGGCUGUUCUGUAGAUAGCCUGAAAUUUGUAGCUUCGUGGAAAGGCCGACUGCAAGAAGCAAAGCUGCAGAUUAAGAUGGGCGGCUUGCUGCUGGAAGGCUGCAGCUUUGAUGGGAGCCGGCUCGCUGAGAACCAGCACGACUCUCCCAGCGUGUCGCCCGUCCUCCCUUGCUGUGUGGGCUGGAUCCCCCAGUUCCUGAGAACUACCGCUAAAGGGAUCAAGUCAAUAGAAGAAGGUCCAAAGGUUUUGCUGUGGUUGCUGGAGGAGAAGACACUCAGCGUGGCAAAAUGCAAGCAUCGAGCCCCAGUCUCCACCUUGGUCAGUCUUCUGGCUGCAUUUGACUCACUCAGCAUUCCCGUCUCAUGUUAUCCUCUUGGCCUCAGGGGUAGCGAGAGACUCCUGGCUUUUGUCCCACCUCUCUCCUGGCUUUUGUCCCACCUCCUGGCCCUUCGAUUCUCUGUCAAUGUACCUUCUCCUCUCAGACUCUCAAAGUACCAAGCUUAGCUCUGCAAUGGCCUCUGUAACUGAUGAACAUCAAAUUUAUACCCUUCUCAAUUCCAGAUGCAUAUUUAAUGUUUACUCCACAUCUGCCUCAAACAUUUAGGAGUCCUCUCCAUUCGAAAGUGAGCUGUUGAUUGUGACUGCCCUCCCCAGCCCCCUCUCCUCCCUUCUGUUGUCCAUCUUCCCGAAAUACACCCCCAGUCACCCAGUGGUUCGGCCAAAACCCUGGGAAAUCAAUCCUGAUUCCAUUCCUCCUCUCAAAUCCCACAUCCAAUCUAGAAUCAAGUUGGUUGGCUCUACCUUGGAAAUACGCUGAGAAUCCAGCAAUUUCUCGCUGCCUCCAGCAGGUGGCUCCAGUCAUGAUCCACCUCCAAUGUCUCUCUUCCUCCCAGAACGUUGGAACAGACCCCCACCUGGGCUCUUGCAUUUCUACUCUAUUCCCAUCAGGCUACUUGCCACAUGGCUGUCAUAGUGAUGGAUUUGUUUACAAAAGAGGCGAAUCUCCUCAAACCACCCCAGAGACUUCCCAACCCACCCAGAGUAACUGCCAGCAAAACACAUUUUCUGACCCUGGGAAACUGAGGCUUGAGACAUACUGGUGGUACAGGAUGAUACAGAGAUCCAUUGCCAAACAGUGUCUUCAGGCGGGAUUCUCAACCUUGGCUCUGGGAUGGGAGCUCAUCCCAGGUCAUACAGCUAAGAAUAACGGAGCCAGAAUCUGACCCCCAGGUGUCUGCUUUAAAAGCCUGAAUCGUUUGGUCACAUUGUGACACUCUAGGCUCCGAAUUCAGAGUUGAGGCGCAGACCUCCUGGUUUCGGAAUUCCUAGUACAUGGCAAAGUGAAGUGAUGCAGUGAAGGAGAGCAAAUGGAGUCGGGUCAAGUUUGGGGGAGCUCAGGGUUGUGGAAAACCUCAGGAGAUGUGGGACGAAGGGUCAAGAGAAGGUGGAGCUCGUUCUUGGCUUUGGCAGCAUCUGUGUGGUGUGAGUGAGAAUCCUGGGGCAAACUUAUAGGAGACACCUCGCAUGCCCCUUAUCCCUGCAUCAUGUGGUCAGAAAGCCCAGGUCUGCAUCCUUGGAGGAAGGUAAUUUCUGAUGCACCUGUGUGCCGAUCUCUCUUGUCUCCACGCACCCUCCAGCUUGCCUCUCGGGCUUGCCGUCCACAGGCCCAGAGGACUCUAGACGUGUCCCUUGUCUGUGCACUGGCCCAGCUUCCCAUCCUAAGAGCUGUUCUUUGUAGAACAGCCUAGAACAGAAACUGGUUUAAUGUUAAUAUUAUAAAAUUUGAUCAGCUUCCAGGAAUGGAUGGAUCACCUUCUGUUUGAUAAGAAAUAUUCAAGAUCAAUAAAUAACACGAAAGAGACAAAAAUUUUUCACAAAGUUCCAAGUGGAACAAUAUGCAUUUGAGACCUUUCCAGUGUGUCUACAAACCAUUGUUGGACUUGACUCUGGGGAGUCCACCAAGGAGAGGACAUUUGUACCACAGGAGAGAAUAAAAUGUGUUUUCAGGGAAUGAUAGCAAGAGCGUUAAAUAGAUUAUUCUAACUCGGCCCCAUUUUAUUAUAUAAGUAAUUUAUCUAACUUUUGGAGUAUUGUUAGAAAUUCAUCACCCAAAAUGUACUAUAGAUCUUCCUUUAAACUCUUCAUGUUUAAGGAAUUAAGGUAUUCUAUUCUCAUUUCUUAAAGAAGGUCCUACAAAUUGUCAUAUAUGUUAGCAAUUCCAUUUAUUUUUAAAUUUUUUAAUGUUUAUUUUUGAGAGAGAGACAGCAGCAAAGCGAGAGAGAGAGAGAGAGAGAGAUUGAGAGAUUGAGAGAGAAUCCCAACCAGGCUUCAAGCUGUCAGUGCAGAGCCCGAUGUGGGGCCCGAACCCACAAACCAAGAGAUGAUGACCUGAGCUGAAAUCAAGAGUUAGAUGCUUAACCAACUGAGCAAGCCAGGUGACCCAGCAAUUCCAUCUGGAAAGAAUUAUUUUGGAGGAAAGAGUAAUUGCAUAAAGGAUCACAGACUUAAUAGAAGUGACUGCAGGGUGUCAGUGAUGACAGGGUUUUGAAGGGAAAGAGGAAAAGCCAAUAAACUUACUUUGCUUAUAUUCCAAAAUAUUUUGAAGUUGAUUGCUGAAUAGAAGUCAGUGACAACCAAGCAAGCAAACCCUACAAGCCCAUUAUAAGGUUGAGCAUCACUGUAACUGAUGAGGAAAGGAGAGCAUAGUGCUUAAGCGAGCAUGUUUAGACGCACAUCAGAGUCUGACAAUGCAUUUUUGGUUCAAUAGUCCUUAAAAUAAAUGCCCUGUCUUCGCCAUGUUUUCCUUCUUCAUUGCAAGAUGGCCUUUGAUCCUCUGACAGGUGGUGCUGGUGGUUGGGUGACUGUGCUGCACCCCGUAUGGAUACCCUUCCUUACCCCAAACUUAUGGGGUGUGGGCUUUUAUGAUCCUCAUUUAACAGUUUGGAUGUCAAAUUAUGUGCAGGACACAUUCAGGACUACCAUAGAAUAUUCUUGAGAGAAACAGAAGAUCCAAAUAAAGGAACAACUACCAUGUUUCUGAA